AUGCCAGCAAUCGGUAUAGAUUUAGGAACGACUUAUUCUUGUGUGGGCGUAUGGCAGCACGGGAACGUGGAUAUUAUAGCCAAUGAUCAAGGUAAUCGAACAACACCGUCAUAUGUAGCGUUCACGGAUACAGAACGUCUUGUUGGAGACGCAGCUAAAAACCAAGUCGCUCUUAACCCUAACAAUACUAUAUUUGAUGCCAAACGACUCAUAGGUAGAAAAUAUGAUGACCCAAAAAUCCAGCAAGACCUUAAACACUGGCCUUUCAAAGUGGUAAAUGAGGGUGGAAAACCUAAAAUUCAAAUUACUUAUAAAGGUAAGUCAAAACUCUUUGCGCCGGAGGAAGUCAGCAGCAUGGUACUUAUAAAAAUGAAAGAGACGGCAGAAUCAUAUUUGGGGACCUCUGUAUCUAAAGCAGUUAUUACAGUCCCUGCUUAUUUUAAUGACUCUCAGCGACAAGCUACAAAGGAUGCCGGGACUAUUGCGGGUCUAAAUAUUCUUCGUAUCAUUAACGAACCUACCGCAGCAGCUCUAGCCUAUGGUCUUGAUAAGAACCUAAAAGGAGAAAGAAAUGUUCUUAUAUUUGAUUUAGGCGGUGGUACUUUUGACGUCUCAAUAUUAACUAUCGAUGAUGGUUCUCUUUUUGAAGUGAAGGCUACUGCAGGAGACACCCAUCUCGGAGGCGAAGAUUUUGAUAGUCGCCUUGUAAAUUUUCUUGCUGAUGAAUUUAAAAGAAAACAUAAAAAGGACCUACACUCCAAUUCUAAAGCAUUACGUCGCCUAAGAACUGCAGCAGAGCGAGCAAAACGCACACUCUCUUCAAGCACCGAAGCUAACAUCGAAAUUGACGCUUUAUUUGAGGGUAUCGAUUUCUAUUCCAGAGUUUCUAGAGCAAGAUUUGAAGAGUUAAAUGCUGAUUUAUUUCGCACUACAUUAGAUCCAGUAGAGAAAGCUCUUAAAGAUGCUAAAUUGGACAAAAGUUCUAUAAAUGAUAUCGUAUUAGUGGGAGGGUCCACCCGUAUCCCUAAAAUUCAAUCUCUGUUACAAAACUUUUUUAACGGUAAAAAGCUCAAUUUGUCGAUUAAUCCAGACGAAGCCGUUGCGUACGGGGCGGCAGUCCAAGCGGCAAUACUUAGUGGCGAGCGUCAUUCUAAGAUACAGGAUGUUCUGUUAGUCGAUGUGACACCGUUAUCGUUGGGAAUAGAAACAGCUGGUGGAGUUAUGACAAAAAUCGUUGAGCGGAAUGCUAAAAUUCCUUGCAAACACUCUCAAACGUUCACAACGUAUUCGGAUAACCAGCCUGCGGUCACUAUACAGGUAUACGAAGGGGAAAGAGCCAUGACCAAGGAUAAUAAUUUGCUUGGAAAUUUUGAUUUGACAGGAAUACCACCCGCACCACGCGGCGUCCCUCAAAUCGACGUUACUUUUGAUUUAGACGCGAAUGGAAUACUUAAUGUGUCCGCUAAAGAAAAUAGUAGCGGCAAGAGUAAGAAUAUUGUUAUUAAAAACGAUAAAGGACGUCUGUCUCAAGCGGAAAUCGAGCGCAUGGUAGCGAAUGCUGAAAGGUACAAAGAUGAAGACGAUCGACAACGAGAUAUAGUUGCAUCUCGAAAUAAACUCGAAAGUUAUGUCUUUGGAGUGAAACAGGCAAUUGAAGAGGCUGGUAAUAAACUAAGUGACGGAGAAAACUCAAAAAUAAGAAGAUUGUGCGAAGAAACUGUUCGUUGGCUUGAGAGCAAUUCUUUAGCGGAGAAGGAAGAAUAUGAGCACAAACUGAAAGAGUUGUCAGCAUGUUGUGCGCCGGCGAUGAAGAAACUGCACGGGGCGGGCGCGGGGCCGCGGCAGGGUGGAAGCGAUGGGCCGGUCAUUGAAGAAGUAGAU